UCUAUAAAAUGCGCUGACGGACACGAAAUAAGUAGUUAGAUUCAUAUAAAUCAGAACUGUUGUAACGAUGAAAGUAACUCUGUGUCUUCUGGUUAUUUGCGUGGCGAUUGCUACAGUUUGGGGAGAGACAUGUACCAAUCCUGCCACCGACUGUACGCACACGAGCUGUCCAGACAAUACUUGGAACCAGGUUUGUCAUAGCGGACAAUGCACAUGCGAGCACGCCACACAGACCUGCUCAGCGAACUCGGAUUGUGCCAGUAAUGGGAAUUGUCGCUGCUUCCAAAACAGAUGCAGAUGCUUUGGCUUUCUGUUAGACGGCAAAUAAACAACUUUGACGGAGUAAUUUGUCAUUAUGGCGGAAUGAAUUUAACUUUCUGCUGAUAUAA